AUGUUGGGAACUCCUCGCUCCGAAACGUCUCUGACAGGGUUCGACACCGCCGAGCCUCGCCUUAUCGAGGAAAAUCAAUUCGACGAACAAUUUAGACAACAAUACAACAUCGACAUCAUGUCGGGGAUCCCGACCGCUGCUCAGCAGGCCGAACUGGGCCGUCGCUCUCCUCUCCUGCAAGUACCGGACAAUUAUGUGGCCAACGGUCCAAUUUCUCGUGACUUUGAACAAGCCAUCGUCGACGACGAUCGUGACAUCGACUCCUUUGCGAGACGUCUAUCAGUGGAUCCAAACCCACGCCAUCAUCGUACUCGAAGCCGUUGCCAACAAGAUAUGGGCCCUCGAUCUCGGAACUCGUCCCCGUCAUCGGACAGCUCUUCCUCUCCGCCCAACUCUGUGGACGCUUUUGCCGAUCCUCGACGCCGUGAGCGUGCCAAUACGAUUGGAAGUCAUGUUGAGACCGAUCUUGAUACCAUCCUCCAGCGCACUGUUUCGAAUGGUACCAUACCCCGCCGCCCGACCUUUAGCCAAGCCAGUGUCAUUCGACCUGAUCAGGGAGGAGAGAUUGCCGUCGACGACGCCAAGAGCGAAUGCGGAUGCUCUUUCAAGGAACCGGGUCGUAUCCCCGUCAUCGAUUAUGAGGAGCUGGAAGAGUUUGUUGCAUUGAACAAGAGGGACAAGUACGCUGCUCUCAGCCGCAAACAUAGCCUGAGCUCUCAAGGCCCUACUCCUCGCAUUUUCCACGAUCUCCGUCAACAGGUACAACACGGCGAUGUGAUUCUUGAAAUGCCCGAGGUUGUUGUUGCGUCCGAAAGUCCGGAACGGGACUUCGAGGACGAUCUAAAAGCAGAAUUGACGACUGAGCCAUCUGGAGAUACCAUAAACGAGAAAGAGGCCAUCGACAAUUUCCAGCCCAUGACCGUACAGAACCGAUUCACCUUCUUUUCUUCGGAAAGCCAAAGCACGAUCCAUGCGGCAUACCUAGGUGAUCUCAUCCUUCCGGGUGACAGCUUCCGUGACCUAUUCCAGCUUGGCCCUGAGGGUGGUGUGUGGUGGUUGGAUGUCGUUGAUCCUACCGAAGCCGAACUCGGCGCUAUUUCACGAGCAUUCUCUAUUCACCCUUUGACCGCGGAAGAUAUCAUGACUCAAGAAGCUCGAGAGAAAGUUGAGUUGUUCAAACAAUACUAUUUUGUUUGUUUCCGGACUUUCUACCAUGCUGACAAGGACCAUGAUCGUUACUUGGACCCGGUCAAUGUGUAUAUGGUUGUCUAUCGUGAUGGCGUUCUCUCGUUUUCCUUUUCCGAAAACCGCCAUGCAGCCAACGUUCGCAAGCGUAUCGGCAAGCUUCGUGACUACGUGUCAUUGAGUAGCGACUGGAUUUGUUACGCCAUGAUUGACGAUAUUGUCGACAGUUUUGGUCCAAUCAUGCGCGAUGUUGAGAUCGAGUCUGAAGCGAUUGAAGAUCAUGUGUUUGUUGCUCGCGUGGAAGACUUUGGUACUUUCCUGCCACGCAUUGGUGAUCUUCGCAAGAAAGUCAUGACCCUCAUGCGACUCCUCGGCGGCAAGGCCGACGUUAUUCGGGGCUUCUCCAAGCGUUGUAAUGAGCAAUAUUCCGUUACUCCGCGUGGCGACAUCGGACUCUAUCUUGGUGAUAUUCAAGAUCACAUCGUCACCAUGGUGUCUAAUUUGACUCACUUUGAAAAGAUGCUCAGCCGCUCUCAUAGCAACUAUCUAGCACAGCUGAACGUGAGUAACAUCAUGCUGGGAAACCACGUUAACAACAUCCUCAGCAAGGUGACCUUGAUCGCCAGUCUGCUCGUCCCAAUGAACCUAAUCUGUGGUCUCUGGGGCAUGAACGUUCCGGAUCCUCCAUCGCAACGAGCGCACCCCGAGAAAACGAUGCAGUUCCCCAAGCUCACCCCGUUGCAGUCGCGUUUCGCUGCCACUUUCGCCGCUACUAUCUUCGUAUUCGCUUUGUUUUAUAUUCUCUCAACGAACUCUGGAAGUUUCGCUUAUGCGCUUGAAGAAGUCGAUCACUUGACGACGUUGCGGGAUAAUGGUGCUGGCGAGGGUUCAGCAAUAAUUUUUGAAGACGAUGAAGAUCAAAGAGACAGCGAUGACGACCAGGUCAUCAGACGUGCUAUAACAGACCCUAUGGCGGUCAGUAAUAAUGAGUUCAAGUUGCUCAAUAUCGAGCUGGGUCAGACACAAUACUGGGUUUUCACCAAGGAGUCUGUGCUGGGAACACCAUCGGCCACGCCAGAAGGUCUCCCGGCCAAUAUGACGUCGGACAAUACGACAGAUUCAAGUACUGUUGACGAGAAACGACGCGAAUUGAAGAAACGAUCAAAUACUGUAUACAUUUCGCUGAAUACGUGUCUGAAACCGAGUCUGAAUACGAGCAACCCACAAGCGACAUCGAGCACUCAACUGCCUCCAUUGACAGUUUAUAUAUCGACAUCUUCAAGUAAUAAGAACCCUGGGCCUGCUGGUGACCCUUCCCUGCAGACUAAUUAUACGGCUGAUCAGGGAUAUAUGGGCACGGCGAUUGAGGCCGAUGAUGACAUCUACAUUGGUGUCUCGGCACCCAACUCGACUCUGUGGACGGGGAUUUACAACUACGAAGUGGCAGCUUCGAUAGAUGCAUAUUUCCACUCGGUCGACAACGAUACGAAUCUAUACUUCAUCGACUCCGAUAUAAAUUCGGCUCUUCUGAUAACAAAUAACUUGACGCAAUCUUUACCCGGAUCCACAAACUAUCAACAGUGGAUGAAUAUUACACCACCAUACACUAUCUUUGCGAAUAAUAUCAACGACAGUUCAAUUUCCGGGUUGGAAAAGUCGUAUUGUGCUUUGAAUCAGUUGGCGCAAUUGCGGCAGGGGAAUCAGGCUAUCAACACGUCCAUGACGAGUCGGGGAUUGGGUAAUAAGCCCAAGGAGCAGUUUUACGUUACGUAUUUGAACAGUAGUUCUACUUACUACGGCAUUCUCGGUAUGACCGGUAACUCGACUGCUUCUGGAAAUGGAGUGAUUGGUGGUGGUGGGAAAGUUUGGAGGGCGAUGAACUUUACGACCAAGACCGAUGACAACUGCGCUCUUCUGUACAACCUCGACUUUUGCUCCGAAGUUGCUUACGCAGUGCCAUCCAACCCCAAUCUCACCAGCACGCAACUCGCGCAAAUCUACGAUCAAGCCGCACAAUCAUACUACAAAAACUUUGACUACUCCUUGUCUCUUAUCCAAUGCAACACCUCCUCGACAUCAAUGUACUCUCUCGCCGUGGGCUGUGACGACUGCACCUCGGCCUACAAACAAUGGUUAUGCGCCGUCACAAUCCCACGAUGCUACGACUGGUCGGCGACUUACUCCUAUCUCCAACCACGAAACGCGGGCCAGGCGUUUUUGAACGGCACAUCAUUACCAUCCGAUAGUCCAUUGGUUACAUCGCCCGUAACGAAUGCCUCACGCAACUCGUUGAUUGACACGGAAAUUCGCCCCGGUCCGUACAAGGAAAUCCUACCAUGCACCGAUCUGUGCAACGACUUGGUGCGCACAUGUCCCGCGGCAUUGGGAUUCAAAUGUCCGACUGGGAGGUAUCUGAAUGAUUCAUAUGGCUAUAGAGCUUCGGACGGUGAUAUCACAUGUAGUUAUUUGGGCGCGGCGUAUUAUUUGAAUGGCGCUUUUGGAUUUUCUGCGCCUGGUGCUGGGUUGGGAUUGGUUCUUGCUGGAUUGUGGAUGGUGUUUUGGAUUCUGUAG